GACGUCAUCAACACACCACGAGCAUUCUGGAAGUUGUAGUUCUGAUUAACGCGAGGUCUUUGCGGUAUCUAUAGUAACCUAAACUGAAAAGGACUACAGUUCCCAUUGGUGUUGAUACCCACAUGUUCCGGCUGAUGAAACAGUGCAGACCGGCGGAAUAUAUGGACAGGUCUUCUGCGCUUUUUCUAGUUGAGAAUUAGAACGUGCAGUUUGUUGUGUGACAGACUUUGGUUUACAAACGGACCCUGAAUCUUAAUAAUAACAAUAAUAAUGUACCGGUUCGGGUGUGUCACACGCCGGGGGUUAAUCUCCGGGACUCGGGAGCACUAUGUGAAGUUUACGCGGUGUUCAGUGUUGAUGAACCGCUUCAGCACCGCAGAGUCAGCAGCACUGACGGACACCAAGCAGAGGACAAAGACUCUGAACAUCGGCAACAUGAACACACAGGUCAAGGCUGUGGAGUACGCGGUGAGAGGACCGAUCGUCAUUAAAGCUGCGGAGAUCGAGAGAAUUAUACAGCAGGGAGGGAAGAAACCCUUCACCGAGGUCAUCAAAGCCAACAUCGGAGAUGCCCACGCUAUGGGACAGCAGCCAAUCACGUUCCUCAGACAGGUUCUUCUGGUUUUAGUUCCCUGUUGGACUCUCAAUCAAUCCUCCUGUGGUGUUUUUCCAACUUCUUUCCAAUCUCGAGUGGUGGCUCUGUGCAUGUUCCCCGAGCUGAUGGACAGCCCAAGUUUCCCCGAAGAUGCAAAGUGGAGAGCAAAGCGCAUCCUGCAGGGCUGUGGGGGACAAAGCAUCGGUGCAUACAGCUCCAGUGAGGGGGUGCAGUGUAUCCGAGAGGACAUCGCAGCCUACUUGGAGCAGAGAGAUCAGGGAGUUCCAGCUCACUGCGACAACAUCUUCCUCAGCACCGGAGCCAGCGACGGCAUCAUGAGCAUUCUGAAGCUGCUGGUGUCUGGUGAAGGUCAUAACCGUACCGGGGUGAUGAUCCCCAUCCCUCAGUACCCUCUUUACUCCGCCGCCAUCGCCGAGCUGGGAGCCGUGCAGAUCAAUUACUACCUCGACGAAGACAACUGCUGGGCGCUGGAUGUUAACGAGCUCCACAGAUCGUACAAGGCUGCCAAACAACACUGCCGGCCGCGAGUCCUCUGCAUCAUCAACCCCGGAAACCCCACCGGCCAGGUCCAGAGCAAGAAGUGUAUCGAGGACGUCCUGCACUUCGCUUACGAGGAAAACCUCUUCGUUAUGGCUGACGAGGUUUAUCAGGACAACGUGUACGCUCCUGACUGCAAGUUCCAUUCGUUUAAGAAGGUGCUGUAUGAAAUGGGACCGGAGUACUUCAACAACUUGGAGCUGGCGUCCUUCCACUCCACCUCCAAAGGUUAUACAGGAGAGUGUGGAUUCAGAGGAGGCUUUAUGGAGAUCAUUAACAUGGACCCGGAGGUCAAGGCCCAGCUGGUGAAGCUGCUCUCGGUCAGACUGUGUCCCCCCGUGACCGGACAGGCCGCCAUGGACGUGAUCGUGAAUCCUCCUCGACCGGACGAGCCGUCCUACACGCAGUUCCACAAGGAAAAAGCGGCCGUGCUCGGAGCUUUGGCAGAUAAAGCAAAAUUAACAGAGCAGCUUCUCAACGCAGUGCCUGGGAUCAAGUGUAAUCCCGUGCAGGGAGCCAUGUAUGCGUUCCCUCAGAUUUUCAUCCCUCCGAAGGCAGUGGAAGAAGCUAAGGCUUUGGGAAUGCAGCCGGACAUGCUGUACUGUCUGCGGCUGCUCGAGGAAACGGGGAUCUGCGUGGUGCCUGGCAGCGGCUUCGGACAGAGAGAAGGCACAUACCAUUUCAGAAUGACCAUCCUGCCGUCUCACGAAAAGCUGAAGGUCCUCCUGGAGAAGGUGCGAGAUUUCCACAUGGGGUUUCUGAAGGAGUACUCGGACCAUCAGGACUCUCAGUGCAGCGUCCCGGCGUGAGCCGCCGACCGCGGGACGUGUCUGAAUCCUUACUUAACGCGCUAACUACAAUUAGCAAUACUGUUAAGUGACUUUUUAUGUAUAUAAAAUCCCCAUCUGCUUUAAAAAAAAACCCUCCAAAAAUUUACCAACAAUUCAAAAGUACUGUUUAUUCAUGAACUAUGUGCCUUUGUGCUGCUGUACAACAAUUAGGAAUGAGACGGAAUAUAGUUUAGUCAUAAAGGAACUAACACUAAAGCAUGAAAUGAUUUUUAAAACAAUUUUUUAUGAAAAUGGUUGUGUAUGAGACAAAGACGAGCGAUUUAAAACACAACUCAUCUUUAUUAAAGCGUCACGAAAGACAUUACAAAGUGUAGUGUAGGUCUGUCAGGACGAUCGAACGCAUUUAUUUGGACCUCUUUCGUGGUAUACAUACAGCGCAUCUCGAGUUAUGUCCCUUAUAAAAAUAAAUAUUGCGUAAGCCUUAAAAUGUAUGGAAUUUAAAACUUAAGUAUGCUAGCAGCCUGAGCUAACGUUCGGCUAAUCAACGUGCGCUUAAAGUCACCGGCUGCAAGUAAGCUCCCUAACACGGGGUUUUUCCUGGGUCAAAACUGGUCUUCGGUCCUGGCUGACCGACAUGGGCAUCCACACACGGCGUAAUUUUAGUGUAAUUUUAAAAAUAAUAGCAGCUUUUUUUACCAUAUAAAAUGUAAUAAAAUUAGCAGCUAGCUAGCAGCUUGCUUUGUGCUUUGAUCUAGUUUCAUCUCGCUCCAGUCUAAAUGAUUUUACAUGUCAUUUACUACACAUCGUCAUAGGUCUAUACAUACUGUGGGCUAUUAAGGCUAAAUUUUACUAAUCACUCUUGCUCAAUGGGGUAAACACACAUACUUUCUCAUAUCAGAUGUGUAUGUUCUUCUAAGAAGUAAUGAUUUGUUAAACAGCGAUUCAGACCCCGACAGCAGACCGAUCGCUUUAACCGUUCUUUGUAAUGAAUCGGCUCAAAGGAGUCGUCAGGUCGCGAAUCGGGCUUUCGCGGACGUGUUGUGUGGGAAUCCUGGCUGUUAGGACAUCGCUCGUUCUCUCCGUCAUUCCGUCAGUAGUCUGCUUCACGCACUAAAUCCAAUUACGGAUCAAAUAAGGCUUUGGCGGGACAAGAAAUCGUUUUGGCGGCCACUAAAAAAAAUUUCAAUGUAGGAAAAACCUUGUAACAUUUGGCUUGAGGAUGUUCUUAACACUAACAUCGAAGGUAAUUAUGAUGUUGCGCAUUCCAGCUAACUAUCACUUAAUUCCAACCCUUUAGUAUUUUUUUUGCGCUAGCUAGAUUACUAGCGAACGACGCUAUUGUAACCAGAAGCUGGCAAAGUAGAAUAUAUUCAGAAUCGAAUUGUAAAUAAUCUCCGCUUUAUUUGUACGAACGAGGGAUGCGAAGAGACGAGCUCUAGAAUGAUCUACGCUCCAUUGAAAACACUCCAUGCAGGGAAACUUGCUGUAUGCAUUAUUAAAGAAAACGCACACAGGGACAGAAUCGGUGCCAUGUCAUAAACGCACAUUUCAUUAUUAUUAUUGUUUUUAUUUUAGUUUUUUUUUCGGGCAUAACAUCGUGAACAUGUUUAGAAGUAAAAUAGUGAAGGAGGGCGUCUCGGUCGGGCGUCUCGGUCGGGCGUCUCGGUCGGGCGUCUCGGUCGGGCGUCUCGGUCGGGCGUCUCGGUCGGGCGUCUCUGUCGGGCGUCUCUGGCGUCUGCACCUUAUUUUUGUUGUCGUUUUUUUUUUAAAAAUACAAAUUUUCAUUCCUUACAGCUGAUGAUUAGAUUUUUGUACAUGGGAUUUAGAGAUUUGCCAAACCUUUUAUCAGUGUUUACAGAAUGAUCAUUAAUAUGGUGGGUGUUUUUGUUUGUUUGUUUUUCAGCUGUUAUGGUGUUGUUUUUUUUUAUUCGUUUUUUUUAAAUAACCUUCUUGCUAAAGCGUUUUUCUUCAUUCUGCAAAUGUUCGUCAAUCAUGUAUUGAAGUACGAUGAGAUUUUGACCUCGUGUACGCAGUAAGCACCUCGAAAGCACGGCUGCCAUGAAGGACAAGACGUUUUCCUUUCCUCGUGAGGGAAAAACGAAGCCCAGAGACGAAGCAGGUUUAUGCAGCAGGUUUAUACAAUACCAUGUAAUUGAAGUGUCCAUGAUCUGGAUUUAUAUUUUACUGUUAAUCUGCAUAAGCCUAGGCUGUAAGAUUGGACUGCCUUAUCAUCACUUCAGUGACUUUGCCUUUUCUUUGUGGAUGUACAGUAUGUGGAUGAAUUUCGAAUGAAAAUUUCAUUUGUUUGAAUUUUGCAUGAAGGUAAAUCCACUUUUUUGUUUUUCUGUCAGUCUUUGCACUCAUUUUGCAUUUCUUCAUUGUUUCGUUCGACUAAUUUUUAUGUAAGCAGUAAAGGAACUAAAUGCCAAAUUAAAGCUGUCAUUACAAUAAAGACUGUUACAUUA